AUGUUCGACGAAAUGGUUCUUAUUCUCGAAAAACAUGGAUAUAAAUUCAUCAAGCAAGUAGGAAAGGGAUGCUUUGCUACAUGCUAUUUAGUUUUCGAUACUAGAUACAAGAAAGAAUUCAUCUGUAAAGUUUGUCAUUCAAAUUCAAAUAAUCCAGAGUCAUCCAAUAAGCAGAAGUUCUACCAGAAUGAAAUUGAUGCUCUAAUAAACAUAACUCAUCCAAAUAUAAUCAAGAUAUACAACUACUUUGAAGAUCACAAUUUUCUUUACAUUAUUUUGGAAUACUGCAACCAAUUUUCAUUAGAUAAGUUUAUAUCUAUGCAUGGCAACCUCAAAAGAAAUCAAUUAUAUGAUUUUAUCCUCCAGUUUGCUACAGGCUUACACCAUUGUCAUUUAUAUGGUAUUGCUCAUCAUGAUAUCAAACCGGCAAACAUAUUAUUGGAUGAAUACAAUAAGAUCAAGCUUGCAGAUUUUGGAUUCGCUUCUUAUCAGGAAUAUGAUGCUAACGAAGUUCGAGGCUCUCUUGCUUAUAUACCUCCAGAGAAGAUCAACUUAGUUAAGUACGAUCCUUUUGCUAGCGAUGUUUGGAGUUUCGGAGUUUCAGUUUACUACCUUGCAUUUGGAUCACUCCCAUUCCAAGGUGAGACAAAGGAGGAGUUAUCACAAAACAUUAAGAAGGCUAACUAUAAAAUGCCAGAUACCAGCUAUGACUUUGUUCGCGACAUCGUUACACAUACAUUAGUUAUCGAUCCAUCAAAAAGAUGGACCAUGAAGCAAAUCGUUGACUAUCUUAAAGAUCAGCAGAUUGUGGUCAAAGAAAUCAUUAAGACCAAAUCAUCAUAUGCUGUUCGCUCGAUUACUCAGAUGGCUUACAGUGGAUUCCGUAGUAUCCAUUCACUGCGUAACAUUCAUCAACCAAGAUUGGUCGAAACAUUCGCAGUCCAAGUUUAA